AUGGCCUCCCAGAACCGUGACCCAGCUGCCGCCAGCGUCGCCGCCGCCCGCAAGGGAGCCGAGCUCUCGCUGGAGUUCCCCAGUGGCUACCCUUACAACGCGCCCACGGUGAAGUUCCUCACACCCUGCUACCACCCCAACGUGGACACCCAGGGAAAUAUCUGCCUGGACAUCCUGAAGGACAAGUGGUCUGCCCUGUAUGAUGUCAGGACCAUCCUGCUGUCCAUCCAGAGCCUGCUAGGAGAACCAAACAUUGAUAGUCCUUUGAACACGCAUGCUGCCGAGCUCUGGAAAAACCCCACAGCCUUUAAGAAGUAUCUGCAAGAAACCUACUCAAAGCAGGUCUCCAGCCAAGAUCCCUGACUGUCCAGCCUCUCUCUUUGUGUUGUCUUUUUAUUUUCUCCUUAGAUAGUCUUUCUCUUCAUUUCUGUCUAGGACUCUGUAUCUUAAGCUGUGGUGUCAUUUUUGUUUUGUUUCUGUUUUUUAAAUUAAGUCUCUGGUUGAGCCCUUGUGACAAAUAUAUUAAAUAAAUAC